CCCCCCCCACCUUUGCCUUUCAAAACCAAACCUCUAUAAAAGAAAAGAGGAGACCCGAACUCUUACUAUAACAACCCUAGAUUUAUUGAUCAAAGAACCUGAGUUGUUCCUUUGCUUUGUUUACAAGCAAUUCUCAUACACUUCCUAGCCCAUGUUCUAUUUACUUGUUGUUCCUGUAAUCAACAUUUGCUUCAAAGUUCAUGCUCGGAUGAACCAACAGUUUACUGGUUGAUUAAUUGCUGGGGUGAUGGAUAUUGGGGAACCAGCUUUGGACCUUUUUAGUAUGGACAAUGGUCUUUUGACUGGUGGAGUACUGGAAGUUAAAGAAGGUAAAAAGAAGGGGACCUUUCCUAUGGAACAGAAACCGUUUUCAGCUUGGUCUUGGUCUGUUGAGGACUGCUUAGAGGAGUAUAAUGUGAAAUUAGACAAGGGCUUAAGCUAUCGUGAAGCAGAAACACGAAGAAAGAUAUAUGGGUGGAAUGAGCUUGAUAAAGGAAGUGGAAAACCCUUGUGGAGAUUAGUCUUAGAACAAUUUGAUGACACACUCGUUAAAAUCCUUCUUGUAGCUGCCUUAAUUUCAUUCUUUCUUGCCUAUUUUGAAGGUCACGAAUCAAGAGAAUCAAGCUUAACAGCAUAUAUUGAACCCCUAGUCAUAGUUUUGAUACUGAUUCUGAAUGCCAUUGUGGGAGUCUGGCAAGAGAGUAAUGCUGAAAGGGCUUUGGACGCUUUAAAAGCUAUGCAAUGUGAAUGUGCCAAGGUUCUUAGAGAUGGGGCUUGUGUACCUGAUCUUCCUGCAAGAGAGCUUGUGCCCGGUGAUAUUGUUGAACUAAGAGUUGGAGAUAAGGUUCCGGCUGAUAUGAGAGUAGCGGCUUUAAAGACCUCAACUCUUAGAGUGGAACAAAGCUCACUAACUGGAGAGAGCAUGCCUGUUAAUAAGAGCACAAACCCGGUUUUUAUGGAUGAUUGUGAGUUACAAGCGAAAGAAUGCAUGAUCUUUUCAGGUACCACAGUUGUUAAUGGAAGCUGCGUUUGCAUUGUAGUGAGCAUAGGCAUGAAGACUGAAAUCGGGAAGAUCCAGGCUCAAAUCCAUGAGGCUUCCUUGGAGGAAACUGACACCCCCUUGAAGAAGAAGCUAGAUGAGUUUGGAGAGAAAUUGACACAGGUAAUUGGGUUUGUUUGCCUUCUUGUUUGGGUCAUCAACUACAAAUAUUUUUUGACAUGGGAAACUGUAAAUGGGUGGCCCACAAAUCUCAGUUUCUCAUUCCAAAAGUGCACAUAUUAUUUCAAAAUUGCUGUGGCUCUUGCUGUUGCCGCCAUCCCUGAAGGCCUUCCUGCUGUUAUUACCACUUGUUUGGCACUUGGAACCCGUAAAAUGGCUCAAAAGAAUGCAAUUGUGCGUAAGCUUCCAAGUGUGGAAACCCUUGGGUGCACCACUGUGAUCUGUUCUGAUAAGACCGGGACUCUUACUACAAAUCAGAUGUCAGCAACCGAAUUCUCCACCUUGGGUGGGAAGAGCACGCUUCCUCGUGUUUUCCAUGUGGAGGGAACAACCUAUGAUCCAAAAGAUGGGGGCAUUGUGGAUUGGACUUAUUACAAUAUGGAUGCAAAUUUACAAGCAUUGGCUGAGAUUUGUUCUGUUUGUAAUGAUGCCGGAGUUUCUUCAGAUGGUAAAAUUUUUCGAGCUGUGGGCUUGCCCACUGAAGCAGCGCUCAAGGUCUUAGUUGAAAAGAUGGGAGUUCCAGACAAGAGGACUAGGGAAAGAAUGAAUAAUGCUCAACUUGCUGCUGAUCAUUCUAGUGAUAAGAGCACUGUUAGAUUGGUGUGUUGUGAAUGGUGGACGAGAAAAUCAAAAAGGAUCGCCACAUUGGAAUUUGAUCGUGUUAGGAAAUCAAUGAGUGUGAUCGUCAAGGAGCCAACUGGAAAGAAUCGUCUUCUGGUGAAGGGUGCUGUAGAGAGCAUACUUGAACGGAGUUCCCAUGUUCAGCUUGCAGAUGGAUCAGUUAUUAUCAUGGAUGAGUCAUGCAGACAGUCGAUUAUAAUGACACUCUUAAACAUGAGCUCAAAGGGCUUGCGGUGCUUAGGAUUUGCGUUCAAAGAAGAUCUUGGGGAGUUUUCUGAGUAUUAUUCAGAGAGUCACCCUGCUCAUCAGAAAUUGCUUGAUCCUCUCAAUUAUUCGUUGAUCGAGAGCAAUCUAGUUUUUGUUGGCCUUGUUGGACUAAGGGAUCCUCCUCGAGGUGAAGUUCACAAAGCCAUAGAGGAUUGUGAAGAAGCUGGUAUUAAAGUAAUUGUUAUCACGGGUGAUAAUAAAUCGACAGCCGAAGCUGUAUGUCGGGAGAUAAGGCUCUUCUCUUCUAAUGAGAACCUCAAAACAAGAAGCUUUACAGGGAAAGAAUUCAUGGCUCUUCCUCCAAACCUUCAGGUUGAGAUACUAUCGAAGCCUGGAAGCCUUGUCUUUUCCCGAGCUGAACCGAAGCACAAACAAGAUAUUGUGAGGAUGCUAAAAGAUGCUGGUGAGGUUGUGGCAAUGACUGGAGAUGGGGUGAAUGAUGCACCUGCACUAAAGCUUGCUAAUAUUGGAAUUGCAAUGGGUAUCACUGGUACUGAGGUUGCUAAGGAAGCAUCGGACAUGGUUCUGGCAGAUGAUAACUUUAGCACUAUUGUUUCAGCAGUCGCUGAAGGACGAUCUAUCUACAAUAACAUGAAAGCAUUUAUUAGGUACAUGAUAUCAUCUAACGUGGGAGAGGUGAUUUCCAUCUUUCUAACAGCUGCACUGGGAAUACCAGAAUGCUUGAUAUCAGUGCAACUCCUUUGGGUCAAUCUGGUAACUGAUGGACCCCCUGCCACUGCUCUCGGCUUCAAUCCAGCUGACGUAGAUAUCAUGAAGAAGCCACCUCGCAACAGCAAUGAUGCACUCAUCAAUUCUUGGGUUCUCUUCCGUUACUUGGUAAUUGGCCUCUAUGUGGGGGUGGCUACUGUCGGCGUCUUCACAUUAUGGUACACGCAAAGCUCCUUUCUUGGCAUUGACCUUUCACAAGAUGGCCACACUCUCAUCUCUCUAACCCAGCUCCGCACCUGGAGUGAAUGCCCCUCAUGGAGCAAUUUUACCGUUUCACCCUUUGUAGCUGGUGGACGUGUCUUCUCUUUCUCAGACCCGUGCGAUUACUUCACCGAAGGAAAGGCAAAGGCCAUGACACUCUCUCUAUCUGUUCUGGUGGCUAUUGAGAUGUUCAAUUCUCUCAAUGCCUUAUCAGAGGACAACAGCUUGGUUACAUUGCCACCCUGGGCUAAUCCAUGGCUUUUAGGAGCCAUGGCUGUCUCAUUUGGCCUUCAUUUUCUCAUACUUUAUGUGCCAUUUUUGGCUAAUGUGUUUGGGAUUGUUCCUCUAAGCUGUAAUGAGUGGUGCCUGGUAUUGUUGGUCUCAGCACCAGUAGUGUUGAUCGAUGAAUUGCUGAAGUUUGCAGGGAGGAGACAAAGGAGAACGACAAAGGAAAAAAUGGUCUGAGACUUGGGGAAGGGAUGUGAAUUUGGAAUAACGGUUCUAUUGUCCAUCAUGUUUUCCGGUAUUUCCGGUAUUUGUUUUACGUGAAAAUGGGUGGUUGUUUCCUUUGGUUUGUUUAAACGUUCCUCCUUGAUUCAGUCAUAUUUAUAGGCAGUGUUCCGAGAGUCUGACUUGGGCCGAGUUACUCAGCCUUGCCUUAUGAGUGAGGCGAGUUUCUCCCGAGUUUGUUGUACACAUGUAUGUAGAUAUUAUGUAUAUUUUUAAUUCAAAAGCAUUCAAAAAGCUUGUUGCUAGCAAGCCUGGUUGCUAAGGGCUAAAAAAACAUGAGUUUCAAAAAAUGGCACGAGAAUCGAAUCCAGG